GUACGUGUAUCCAAUAGUAGUUUACCUCAUUUUAUAGUUAUUGAAAAUAAUAAUUCCACCUUUGCUCGACCUGCUUAAAACGAGUCAACUUUUGCGUUAUCUUAAAACAAUCCCACCUUUGCCCUCCAUUUUCUCAAAGUAGGUCUUUUUACCCACAACAUGUUAAAUUGAUUAUUUAACUUUUUUUAAUUUUUUUUUCCUUAAUCUUUCUCCUCCCGCCAUUUUCCCAUCAAACCACCACUGCAAAACCAGUUCCCGACAGCCCCGGCCCACCCCCAGCCGCAUUCCCCAGUAGCCCCACCCCCACCAGCCGCCCCAAAAACCCCACCCAACCACCUCAGAAACCCCAGCCAACAACCUGAAAACCCCAACCACCCCGAAAACACCACCUCUACCUAGCCACCCCUACCCUGAAAACCCAUCCCCACCUCAAAAACAACCACUAGCAACCCCCGAAAACCCCCAACUCCCCGGAAAAUUCUGCCCCUACCUCGAAAUCCUCCUCCCUACUCCGAAAACAACCACCCUCGAAGCAUCAACUCAAUUAUAUUGGAUUAGAAGAACUUUACAGCAAGAAACACGUGGUGAAUUGAGUAAAAACAUCAACCUCGUAAUGACGGGCUACCGGAAAAGGGGAAGGCGAGGCGGGGAAGGGGUGGCUGUUUAGCUGUGGGCGGCGCUGAGGCGCGGAGGGGGUAGUCGUACAGGCGGGCAGGAUUGGGGCGGGGAAGGGGGCUGUUGUUUUGUUUUUUUAAAUUAAUUUGUUUUAAAAUUAAUUUUAUUUUUUGUUUUUUUUAAAAAAUAAUUAAAAAAGAAAUUAGGGCCAAUUAGAAGGUGAUACGUGGCAAGUCGCCUUCACAAACCGGUUACCAUUUUAAAAAAUCGGUUAAAGGCUUAUUUUGAGAAAAUAGAGGGCAAAGGUGGGAUUAUUGCAUAAUGCAGAGGUUGGUUCGUUUUGAGCAAAUGGAGAAAAGGUAGGAUUAUUCUUUUUUCAAUUUUUUCUAAAUUAUUUUCUAUUUACCAAGGCCCCUUUUACUUCACUUAUUUUUGCUGAACUAAAAUUAUUUAGAUUGAAAUAUAAUUAUUUUUACUAAAGCGAAAUUAAUUUUAUUGAACUGAAUUUUUUAUUGAAGGGAAAUUAAUUUUACUGAACUCAUUAAGCAGUAUGACAUUAAUUUUCAUCACUAUGACAAUUCGAGGUGUCGCCUGAAACAAACAACAGUAGUUCUAACGUAAUAAAUCGUGAAAAUUUCAAUGCAAUACUCCAUUUUUUUCCCCCCCGGACCGAGCUUUUCACUUUUACGCUGCACCGGUGAGUCACUGGAUUCUCUCCUCCGUUGAAAAACUGGAGGAAAUAAUCGUACAGAGCAGAACACAACUUACAGAACAGAAGCGACGAUCAAAUUACAAUAUUUCGAGGAAUCAAAUUUAAUUUGGGGCAACUUCAAAGUUUUCCAGAAAUUCAAUUGAUUCACUCGCUAGGAUAUAAACAAUGUUUGAGGGACCAAUUCGACAGUUGCUACUUGGUUAUCUUGGAAAAUACAUCAAAGAUUUUCCAAAAAAGCAGCUUAAAAUCACUCUAGAUGAAAUUGUAUUGAAGGAUGUGGAGCUUAUUCUUGAAGCAUUUGACUACCUUCAGUUGCCGGUUGCUCUCAAACAAUGUCAUGUUGGUAGGCUUAGAAUUGGAAUUUCUUGGAAAAAGCUGAGUUGGGAGUCUUGGGACCCUAUUGUAAUAAGCUUAGAACUUGAAGAUGUCCAUUUUUUUGCUGGUCCACGUGAUGAUCAUGAGUGGAGUGUAGAUGCUGUUGAAAGAAGAGAAUUAGCUGCUAAAAAAGCAAAGCUUGCUGCUGCAGAGUUGGCAAAACUGUCAAGACGUGUCUGUGAUAAUCAAGCAGGGCAAUCAUUGAUCUCACAUGUGACUGGAAGGAUCCUUGAUAGCAUUCAAGUAUCUAUGAGGAAUGUUCAUAUAGUAUAUUGUGAUACAGAGUCUCCAUCGAUGCUAUUUGGUUUAAGAUUUUCAAGCUUGGAGAUGAAGCAAGCUCCUGAUGGGCCCUUGAGCUCAAAGGCAAGAGGUGGUCAGGUCAACAAGACUGUGGAGAUCUAUGGUCUGGGGAUUCACUGUCGCACCCUUGAAGGGUUUCCGGGUUCCUUGGUUGCCAAUUUUAUUGGAGAAAAUGAAUUGUGGCAGAAUGCAACAACUGAUGUGGAUAAAUAUGACUAUUUAGUGACACCCUUUGAUUUAUCUCUACAGGUGACAAAGUCUGGAAAGCUUGAGCUUGAUGCUCCUCAAUAUUCUGUUGCCGUUGAGUUGACAAAACUGGUCAUGACCAUAAAUCCUACUCAGCUACAGCACAUCUUGAAGUUUUCAGACUAUAUCUGUACAUGUCAGCUGAGGGAAAACAGGUAUGGACGCUACCGUCCCUGGGACUGUCCAUUAUCGAAGAAACUGAAGGGGUGGCAGAAGGUCUGGUGGCGCUAUGCUAAAGAAUCUGUUCUUUUUGAUGUUCGUAAGAGACGGAAGAAAACAUCAUGGUGGUAUCUCGGGCAAAAACUAGUUCAUCUUCGGAAAUAUGUGAAAUUGUACAAAGUCAAAUUGGAUUUCCUACAGAGGGAGCAGCCAGUUGAUCAAGAUACACAAUUCAAAUUGGAGCAAAUGGAGAAGGAUGUCGACUUGGAGGAUAUCUUACGGUUUCGAUCUAUUGCAGAAUGGGAGUUAGAGGAUUCUCAAAGCUCGGUAUCCUCUGAUGCUAUAGAAGGCAGCAGUCCUGCAGAAGAUGUUCCGGAUGAAGAAGUUUCAACUGUUAAAUCUCGUGGAUGGCUGAACUGGUUAUCUCGUGGUGUGCUGGGUGCUGGAGGAACUGAUGAUUCUAGUCAGUUUUAUGGAGUAGUCUCAGAUGAGGUCUUAAAGGACAUUUGCAAAGCUACAAAGUUUCAGCCUAUGCCUAAUGUGAACUUAGCUUCCAGUGGUGUAGCAUUCCUGUUUGCUGUCAACUUCCACAUUUCUGAGAUGUCAAUAUCGAUGAACAGCACGAAAUUGGGCCAAGAGAUAGCAGAGUUAAGCUGCUGUGCCAAUCAAAUUGAGUUCAAUGUCUGGGAAGAAUCCACUACAAUCCUAGCGAAAGUUGGGUCUGCAGAGGUCACCAGUUCGUCUAAACAGAUGGCAGUAUUGCAAAUGAAAAAGGUAUUCAAUGGAGAGAAUGGUUUGCUAAGUGAAACACCUUCCUCAACCAUCGAAGUUGAUAUUGCAUUGAAGAAUCAGAUGGCAGAAUCAAUGUUCAGGGUUAAGGUCCAGCCAGUUGAAAUAUAUUGCGAUUUGGAGUCUCUUCUUCCUUUUGGGGAGUUCUUCAGUGUUAUGGGAUCCCACAAAUCUUUGCAGCAAAGGGUCCUUUUGUCUCUGAAUGGCAUUAAAGAUGCCAGUUGUCGACUACAAUCUAAAACAGAGUGUGUUCUGUCUGGUAGGCAAAGGGUCGUUUGGGAUGUUAAUUUUGUCAAUAUCUCCAUCAGUUUUCCUUGGAAAAAUGUUAAUUCAGAAUCAUGCAGCUUGACAAUGCAGACUAAUGGUCUACGGGUGUCUUCCAACUUAAAUAUCUAUUCUGCUUCACCGAAAAAGAAAGAUCAAUGUCAAAUAUCCCUCGUAAAGAAUUUGCUUGGUCGGGAAGAUGGUGAUGAAAUUCUUAAUGCCCAGCCGCUUGACAUAUAUGACCAUUAUGAAGUGAGCAUAGGUGAUUUUCAGGUGACCGUUUUACCUCAGGGAUUGCCAGUGGUGGAGAAAUUCUCUGUUUCCGUCUCGCUUGCUCAUUGCAUCAUCCCAGAUGAAAUGAUACUGAAGCAACUAGAGGCUCGCUUUAUAGUAGCAUCUCUUCAUGUGCACUUUUCUGCGGUGAUUCAUAAUGCUUUUCUGAGCCUAGCUGAGCAUCUUCACCUUUUAUCUUCCAACUCUAAACAAGUCCUGGAGACAAGCUCCCAACUGCCAAACACGUCAUCAUGUUAUCCAACAAUGCCAUUUUGUUUUUCAAUAGCUGCGAAUUUAGAACUGUUCAAUUUGGAAGUUGAUCUUGGUGAUUGUCAAAAUAAUAUCUUUAUGCUGCUCAGUCUACAGAAUGUAAAUCUGAAGUUUGCUCAUAGUCAAGUUGAAGAUUUCUGGGUCUCUAUAAAGGCGAUAAAAAUCACCAGCUACAGACAGAUGGAUAAUAGCAAGAUUAUUUGCUCAUCCAGGAUCAGCGGUGACGAAGAUAUUUUGCAUCAACAAGCUGUAAGGAGUGAGAAUGGUGGUGAUUGUGAUUGGAAUGAAUUAAUGAAUGGGUGCUUUCUUUUGCAUUACGUAGCUGACAGAAGUGGGGAGUUAACUAAUCAUCGUUGCACUUUAUACUUAAGUGAUAUUGAUUUUCAUUGCUAUCCCGAUAUAGUGCAGUUGCUGGUUGGUUUCUGUGAGAAAUUGAUGUUUAAUGGAUCUGGGGUUGACAAAAAUUCUUUCUACCAGGAGUUGAAACCAACAAAUGCUCUUACUUCUAAUUUGCAGAGGUUUGGUGUAUCGAAUUUUUGUGAGAAUGGACAAGUUGAAUGGGCAAGUAUUCCUCUGGAUCAAUUCCCCUUUGUCUCAAUACGUAAUUCUGGGCGUCUCCGAGAUCUUGAUAGCACCAUCAUUAUUCCUGAGUGGAUGAAUAUUAAUAUGGGAGAGAAGAAUGUUGGGAAUUUAGACUGUAAGAAGAAUCUAAAAACACCAUUACUAAAGGCCCCUGAGCCAGGUGACAACUGUAUGAAUUUGAGUUUAUUGAAUAUGCAAGUAGACAUGGAAAAUGUUAGAAUACAUUUUCAUGAUUCGUCGUGUGUUAUAGGUAGCAUUACUAUACCAGUUGGUAAAGCUUCAAUUAGUAGUAACUCAGACCAGUUUGAUGUACUGUCUUCUGUUGAGGGGCUUACUCUCUUUUCUGAGUGGUGGACAUGUAACUUUCAGGAAUUUCUGUGGGGGCCUUCACACCCUAACAUUUUUCCUGUGUUAAAUAUACGGAUAAGGAGAGGAAUUGCUUACCAUAUGAAUUCUGAUUUGGAGAUCAGUUUUGGCAUUCAGCAUGUUUGUUGUGUACUGCCGCCUAAAUAUUUAGCAAUAUUGAUUGGCUACUUUACCUUGCCUGAUUGGAGUUCAAAUGAUGGUGAGCAUCAGGCUACAGAGAAAUAUGAGCAUAUUGAUACAGAUUAUCAUGGAUCCAUAGUCUAUAAGUUCGAGAUAAUAGAGUCCGUCAUAAUAUCACCUGUUGAAAGCAACAAGAAGCAAUUUCUGAAGCUUGAUAUACAACAGCUUUACUGCAGUUUUAUUGAAGAUGAUGCCUUGGAAAAAGCAUCUAUAUCUGUUUUUUCGGAGUUUUCUAUUCAGGAGGAUGAAGUAGCUGAUAGAGCUCACUCUUUGAAUAUAUUUGGACGGGAUUUGCAUCUUUCAUUUCUGACUCUUAAGGACUUUGGAUCUGAUAUUUCAGUAUCUGAUAAACAAUCUGAGAAUGAAAGCUGUACUUUAGUUCAUUCACUUGGUGUUGAUCUUUGGCUUAGGCUUUCAGAAAAUUCAGGCUCACAAUCUCCAAUGUAUAUUUUGACUAAAAUUGCAUGCUGCGAAAUCAAUGCCGAAGACAGCAAUUUUCUCUCUGGGUUUGGAGCAUUUACAGAGGUAAUUGAUCAGUAUGCAUUGGUUGACAAAAAAUCCCAAUAUUUCAAAAGCGACAUUCCCGGAUUUCUUGAGUUAAUUAAUUCUCUCAAGGAUAUCAACAGUGGAAAUCCAGAAGGCUCAAGCAUGGCAGUGACAGAAAUAAGGUGCUGCGUCACAUCAAUGGCUGUUAAUCUUAUUAGCCUAAAAAGAGACUCAAACUCUCGAGAUAUGUUUGGGAGACUGGAGUUGGGUUUUAUACUAUCAGCAACUCUAAAGAAUGACAUAAUAUUGUGUUUGGAUAUCCAAUUCUCUACACUGUUGCUGUCCGCAUCGCAUAAGUCCAUAUGUCUAGCACAAUGUUUAUCAGACGGCGCAUGUGCAUCAGUUCGUGAUACAUGUCUGUCUGCCAAUCAGCAAUAUGUGAUCGAGCUUCACAUUACAAUUCCUUCCUUGGAGAUAUGGCUUCAUCUAUCUGAUUGGGUCAUGGUGAUUGAUCAUGUGUAUUCAUGCAUUUUACAAUACCCCCAAGGUUCAGUUGGGGACACUACUGGGCUGGGGGAACUUUCAGUGCAGACGUCCCUGCAAUCGCAGACUUUAUCAUUGCCAGGGUCAAAUAAGUUGGAACACAAUGCUGUUUCUAUAGUUGUGAAGUCCAAAAACAUUAAUGUAUCGUGCCAUAUCCCUCUAUGGGUCAGUGAAAAUGCAAUUGCACAAUCAGAUUACUUAGAAUCUCAUGGCUUGAAUUCAGAAACUCAUAAUGCAAUAAGUAGAGGAAAGGACACCAAAUUCCUAACAGUUACUUUGCAGAGCCGAAGCUUUGAACUGCAAGUGAAUGGCCCUAAUUUGAAUUUAAAAACUAAUUUUGAAAAAUUAACUGGGUCAGUGGGAAUAUGUGAGAGUGGUUCUGUACAGUCUUGGCCAUUCUUCCAGCUAUUUCAGCUAGGCAUAGAUAUACAUAUCUGUGAAUAUGAGGAAGUCCAAAUAGGGGUCAAAGUUCAGGUCCAUUGUGAAGCUUUUGAUGUUUGGUUGUCACAACAAGUAUUCUACUUUUUGCAAUGUAUUGAGUUUGGGACAGCUGAGGCUGAUUCAGAGAUCACUUUCAGGACUUUUGAUCUGAAACUGCAACUGAAGAAAGCCUCACUUUUGCUCACUGAUGGAAGGUUGAGUGGUAAUGGGCCUUUGAUAGAGCUACUCAUGAGGGAUUUGUUUUUCCUUGUGGAGAAUACCACUAAUUUCUCUGCUGAGGGAGACCUGCUUGUCAACUACAAUAACAUCCACAAGGUCAUGUGGGAGCCCUUACUAGAACCUUGGAGCUUUCAGGUUACUAUGACCAAAAAUUAUGAUAAGGAUGCUCCCCUUGGCUGUGGCAAUAUUACGGAUGUACUGCUCGAGUCGACCACUCAACUGAAUAUUAAUAUCACCAAAUCACUCUGUGAGGUUGUCUUGAGGGCCAUGGAGAUGAUCAAGGAAUCUAGGGACCUGGUGCAGAUACAUGAGGUUCAUAAGAGCCAAAGACUGCGCAAUCUUCAGUGCAUUGAGAAUUUGUGCACAAGAAAAUAUGCUUCUUAUACCAUUCAUAACAUGACCUCCUUGUCCUUUGUAUUUCAUGUCCAUCAAGGUUUUGGAUAUUCUGAGAAUGUUGAUGUGUCUACUUCAGCGUACAAGAACACUGUUCAACCUGGUGCAUCUAUUCCUAUUUACAUUAAUGGGACACUGGGGGAACCAGCAUUUAGUGAUAGACCAGCUUCUUCUUCUGAAGGACAUAACAAGAAAUUAUCAAGCAAGGCUGGGCAUUCUUUCAUGACCAUCCAAUUUGAGGGAACUUCUGAAAGUUCAGAACCAAUCUCAAUGGAUCUUGUUGGUCUUACAUACUUUGAUAUUAACUUUUCAAACGACAACAAGAGGGCAGAUGCAAAUAUUGGGCUUCCUGUACCUGUGGGGUUUGAUGUCUCUUUGCAGCGAUAUAGCAAGCUCAUACGACUGUAUUCUACUGUCAUAUUUAAAAAUUCAACAUCUAUGCCGUUGCAGUUACGAUUUGACAUUCCUUUUAGCAUGUCAUCAAAGAUUGUAGAUUCAAUAAAACCUGGCGAUGAAUUUCCUCUGCCUUUACAUCUGGCAGAAGCAGGUCACAUGAUGUGGCGUCCUUAUGGUAACAAUUAUACGUGGUGUGAAGUGCAUAAUCUUUCAAUGAUUUCUCUCACCUGAAAACAGGAGUGGAUUUUUGAGAUAUCUUGCUUGCAAUCCAUUUCAUCCAAGCAAUUAUUUGUUUCGUUGCUGCCUAUCUGUUCAAGAUAUAAGCUUGUCUACUUCUGGGAGAUUGAGGAGAUCACCCUGUUUCAGUGGUUCUUUGAAGCAAUCGGUCACAGCUUGUGAUCAGCCACACCAACAUAAAAGGUCAAAGACCAGGUUCAUACAUCGUGUGACACUGACCACGCCCUUAACAGUUAAAAAUUAUCUUCCUCACCCAAUGUCUGUCACUAUAGAAGGUGGUGGAGCCACUCUCACAACAGUAGUCAAAGAGGUGGAAGCCUCAUUUUUUCACGUUGAUUCUUCACAUGAUCUUGGUGUGACGUUCAACAUUGCUGGAUUUGGACCAGCAGCAGUUAAGUUUCCACGCGCAGAGACAUUCAGUGCAACAGCUAAACCUAGUGGAACUGUGUUGUCGCUGACAGAAACAAUGGCUUUAAGUGCUGAUUUGUCUGAUGGUUCUAUAUAUGUUGUGGUUGAGAAGAUGAUGGAUUCGUUAUCUGGUGCUCGGGAACUUUGCAUAUCAGUUCCAUUUUUGUUGUACAAUUGCACAGGAUUUGCGCUGACAGUUUCGAGAUCAAGACCAUGAACUACAAGGAAAUUAUUGCAUUGUUCCUACUUGCUAUGAUUCAACUGAGCAGGGAUUAUUCAUUGAUCAGAAGGAUGGCCUUCAUCUCUUACCAUCUGAGGAUAAGCCACAUCCUAGAGCCUUGAAUUAUGACAGUGAAAGCUAUUUGUCCAAAAAACAUGUUAUUCCUUCCAAGAAAUUUGUCAAUCCACAUUCAGGAAUAAUACUAACGCAGUCGUCAGUUUCACAUGGUACUAUGUAUCAUCAAUCUGUGAACCAGAUGGAUUUGGUUGAACAAGAGGAUUCUCGAAACAACUUGACCAGGAAUUCAGACAUUGACAGUCAAUCCGAAUUUAAAGUCUCCAAUGUUU